CAUGUGGCUCGUGCAUUGUGGCUUUACCCCUGAACAGGAUAGGUGGCUGACAGGUCAAGCGCGGUGUUAUGUAACAGGCCGUUACAUAGCGCCUUCACAUAACACCAUCUCCACGCCAUAAGACUUCUCCCCAUAAGACUUCUUCCCAUAAGACUUCUCCCCAUAUGAAUACCCAGACAACAUCCAGCAUAGAAGCUCGGGUUUCUGAAUUGGAGCUUCAGUUAGCCACGUCUACUGCGAAUGCAGAGACUGAGCCAAUAGCACCGCUAGCGACCCAGUUAGCAGGACUUGCUAAGGAGUUUGAAAAGCUACACGCUAGCCACCCUGAAUUGGCUCCAUUUUAUGCAAACUUGAGUGAGUUGAAGUUGUGGAGUGACACUAUGGAGGACAGCUUCUCAACUGUGCCGUUACAGGAUGUCCAACAAAUUCUUCUAGCCAACUACGAGCGACUCCGGGACCAGUUAGAAGCUCUUGUUGAGCUCCAGACGUUUGCUCAAACUCAUAACAUGAACAAUUUAAUGUUGGUGUCUCCAGAAAUCCUUGCAUACACUGCUCGAUUACGUCACUUGGAGCAGGAGCCUAGCGACCUUAGAGCACAAGAACUUCGGUGUAACGAAACGAGCGUUCAGAGCAUGGUGUUGUGCGAGCGGUAUUUGGAACUCCAGUUGGAGAAGAAUAGAUUCAUGGUGGACGUGGAGGCGCGUUUAAAAGCUUUGACGAGGAGAUUGGGUCUGGUGGAGAGAGCGAGAAAAGGGGACGAUGAGGUUUACUAAGCGCUUUGACUGCCAUGCCACCGGCAUCAUCAAACAGACGUACCCGGGAAGCAAAAAAAAAAGCUGGUAAGUCUCCUGCCUUUUUCUCUACGGGUAUAUUGAAUUAGUGCCUACAAGGUUUUUACAAGC